GCCAGUAAAACUAACCAGCCGCAAGGCAAGUUCAGACCUGUAGUGCGACCAGUGGGCUAUUAAAAUACAAGAAAGUUUAAAAGACAUCUAUUUGAUAUUAUUUUUUGCUGCAUAAAAUUGGGACAUAAUUUACUGUGAACUGCUCUAGAAGCCAGGACCUACAAGCAGCAGCGGACAAGUCGAAAACGCCCACAAAGCCUUUGCCUUUCAAAAGAACACGAUGGGUGACAACGGAGCGGAGUCGGAGAAAAUGGAGGUCUCGCACAGUUCAGAGAAGAUUGACAUGACACUUGAUGAAAUUAUACAGCUCAACAAAAAGGAGCAGAAAUCUGCCCCGGGGGCCCCAUGGGUGAAGAACAAGCGGGCAGCCAACAGAAAUUCCGUCCUCAGAAAGCUGGACAGGGAAGGGCAGCAGCGGUUCCCCUUCAAACGAAGGGCCUACCAGUACCAGCAAGGAACUUACAGACCAAGGUUCAUUGGACCCUAUAGGCAAGGCUUCUACAGAAGAAGACCCAACUACCUGAGAAAGGCCACACCAGGGGGUAGUGGACUCAGCCCCCUGAACAGGAAACCCUGGAGUGCAAAGAGUGCAGACCCGAACCAACCCAAAGCGCAGGCCUGGUUCAGCCGGAGGUUUUACCAGCCCUACAGAGGCCCACCACGAGCUCUGAGAAGGGCUCCUCAGCCAUACAGAGGGCAGAAAUUUCAGCCUGCCCAGCAAAAGCAGGGACAAAAUGCAAGACCCAUCACCCUAAACAGAGAGUUUCCUGCUCAAAAAACGAAUGACAAAAUCGGGAGAUACCAGAAAGUCCGGAGAUGGAGAGCAACGCCCUCUACUGGUUCCAUCUUGACAGUGUCCGUUCCCAACUCAAAGGCAACUCAAGAGUCACAGGCAAAGGUCAAGCAGUCUCCAGUUACAGACCGGCCCUCCGACACGGGAUCCCCUUCGCCGCCUCAGCCCAGAGGAAUCCCACUCAGAUUCAACUUCAAGGCCGUAGCCAAUCAGACAGGGGUGUCUCUGAACGACCGCUUCACGGGGCUUAAAAUUCGAGGGGAUGCCAGCCACAGACCGUGGAGGGGGAGGGGCAGGGGGAGGGGCCGAACUGUCACCAUGCAGUGACUAGUGCAAUGCCGCUCCUGUCCCAGGCCAUUUGGACCGCCAUGACACCCCCCCCCCCCCCCUUAUCUCUCUC